AUGGCUGACAACGACCGAGGAUCAAAUGCACCUGCGUCUGCACCUGCGACGGGACUCUCGACUGCUUCCAACGCAGGAGCCGUGGAUAAUAAUAUCGCAUCAAAUCGCUUUUCCCCACCAAUCACACGCACCCCACCCAGCCGGCCUACCAAGUCGACUCUUUUCUUUCCCGAUACUCUCGGAAACAGAUCUCACUCUCGCAAUAACUCAGAGGCUGUUGAUCCUGUAGCGCUUGCCAGCGCUCUGAAGGACUACGAUGAAGCCGGCCGUCGAAGAGAACGCACACCAGGCACAAGCCCAAGUCGCAAAAGGCAAAGAGUGUACGGAGAUAGGUUUAUUCCAAAUCGCGAAGGUCAAGACCUCCAGGCCACGUACAGCCUGUUGGGUGAGGAUGGCUGUCCAUCAACGCCAUCAAGAAGUAGGAAACGAGCUCCGCAUGGAGAGCUCCAUUUUCAAAAAACUGAAGAAGCCAACCGAACGUAUUCUCGCGUUCUACGCAGCGAGCUGUUCGGCACCUCAGUGCCCCAAGUCGACCCAGAUGCAGACGGUUAUCUCAAUUUCAGCACAACUGCUCACGACCCAACACGAUCUCAUACCCCACCUUCUCUGCCUGCCGCCGCCCUUCCUCCAGCUUCCAUAACCCCCUCUACUCCUCACAAGAACAUCCUUAAUUAUGCUUCACCUCGCCCUGGAUCUACCACCCUUACUCCGUCUAAAACUCCUCGAAGUCAACAUGGGCCAAACUUGAACCCUCGGUCAGAAUUAUAUAGCUUGUCACCAAUUCAUUACAACAGCCAACGGAUAUUAGAGACUCCUCGGAAGCAGCCUCGUGCAGUUCAAAAGGUUCCAUACAAAGUCUUGGAUGCCCCCGACUUACAAGAUGAUUUUUACUUGAAUCUAGUUGAUUGGGGAAGCACAAAUGUACUAGGAGUUGGACUAGCAAACUCCGUAUAUAUGUGGCAUUCCCAAUCUGGCAGAGUCACAAGACUUUGCGAUUUGAAAGAUGACACUGUCACCAGCGUUAGUUGGAUCCAGCGAGGGACCCAUAUCGCAAUCGGAACUGGAAAAGGUCUAGUCCAUAUUUGGGAUGCGGAGAGUUGUCGCCGCUUACGGACUAUGAUCGGGCAUCAGAAUCGCGUGGGUGCCCUAGCCUGGAACGAUCACAUUCUCACAUCUGGCGGGCGUGACCGGCUAAUCUUCCACCGUGACGUUCGCUCACCCGACCAAUAUCUUCGCCGGCUGGCAGGACACAAGCAGGAGGUGUGCGGGCUCAAAUGGAACACUGAAGAUGGCCAAUUAGCCUCUGGAGGCAAUGACAACAAGCUCAUGGUUUGGGACAAGUUGUCGGAAACGCCACUUUACCGCUUCUCCGGGCACUCGGCUGCUGUAAAGGCCAUUGCCUGGUCACCUCACCAACACAAUCUCCUCGCUUCGGGUGGAGGAACCGCUGAUCGAACAAUCAAGUUCUGGAACACUAGCACUGGCGAGAUGACGAAAGAGAUCGAUACCGGGAGCCAGGUUUGCAAUCUGGGGUGGUCAAAGAAUUCCGACGAAAUCAUCAGUACACAUGGUUACAGUCAGAACCAGAUUGUGAUAUGGAAGUAUCCUCGUAUGGAGCAGAUUGUCUCGCUCACAGGCCACACCUUUCGGGUUCUAUAUCUUGCGAUUAGCCCAGAUGGCCAGACCAUCGUCACAGGCGCAGGUGACGAAACUUUGAGGUUCUGGAAAAUCUUCGGCGCCCAAAGAGGGCACGACUGGCGAAGAACAAGUCGACUGAAUGAAUGGGGUGUCAUACGAUGA